GAUACAACUGGAACUCCACCGCUACACCUUCACUCUCCACAGCAUCUCAGGAAAAUGGCUUUAGUGUCUGAGAUUUUGACGAAACUUACAUUGAGUUAUGGAGGGGAGAGAGAACCUAAAUGCCCUACAGUGGUCCCAGCUUAUGAUUUUAACCCAGAGCAGGAUGCGGCCAAAAUAGAGACAGCCAUCAAAACCAAAGGUGUUGAUGAGCAGACGAUCAUUGACAUUAUGACAAAACGCAGUUGCUCACAAAGGAGCGAAAUUGCGUUUGAGUAUGAAAAACGGGCAAAGAAGGAUUUGGUAAGUGCCCUGAAGGGGGCGCUCUCAGGCUCUUUGGAGCAUCUGAUUCUGGGGUUGAUGAAGAGUACAGCACAAUAUGAUGCCUCUGAACUGAAAUCAUCAAUGAAGGGUCUGGGCACUGAUGAGGAGAGUCUUAAUGAAAUGGUCUGCUCUCGCAAUAAUGAAGAGCUCAAGGAAAUCAAGAAGGUUUACAGAGAGAUGUUUAAGAAGGAAUUGGAGAAAGAUGUUUCUGGAGACACAUCUGGUGAUUUCGCUAAGCUGCUCCUGGCCCUUGUACAGGCCAAAAGAGAUGAGCCGAGUAACGUGGUGGACUAUGAGAAGAUCGACAAUGAUGCAAGAGCUCUUUAUGAAGCUGGAGUGAAGAGAAAAGGAACUGAUGUGACCACCUGGAUUUCAAUCUUCUCUGAGAGGAGUGUCCCACACUUGCAGAAAGUGUUUGAAAGGUACAAGAGAUACAGCCCAUAUGACAUUAAGGAGAGCAUUCGAAAGGAGGUGAAGGGAGAUCUGGAAAAAUCAUUCCUCACACUAGUUGAGUGCUUGGAGAACAAGCAUCUGUAUUUUGCCAGCAGACUCGGUGAUGCUAUGAAGAGUAAAAGUGUUAAAGAGAAAGUCAUAACCCGCAUCAUCGUCUCCCGCUGUGAAGUUGAUCUCAUGAAGGUCCGUGCAGAGUUUAAGAGGAAUUUUGGAAAAUCUCUGUACCAGACAAUUUUAGAGCACACCAAGGGUGACUACCAGAGAGCUCUACUGAACCUCUGUGGGGGAGAUGACUAAACAUCUGUAAUCUUCUGCUGCACAUGUCCAAUUAGUUAAAAAUGCAGUAUUAUAACUGACAUAUCCAAAGUCACUUGGGACAAAGCUGUUGACAGAAUAAAUAGGACUUCAUCUUGUGCACGACUCAAUCUGAUUCAGAUGAAAGUUCUGUACCGUAUUCACUAUAGUAAAACCAAACUGGCUAAACUAUACCCAAAUAUAGAUGAAACAUGUGAUCGUUGCAGUGCAUUUAAGGCGGAUCUAACCCAUAUGUUCUGGUCAUGUACUAAACUGAGAUAAUUUUGGUCUUCAGUAUUUGAAAUUUUAAACUCAGCAUUUAAUUUAAGAAU